UCUCCCCGUGUCUCUCGUCAGGAUGUGGAGAAGGAGAGAGAGCUGCGCACAGAGUUCAGCCGCGAGGAAAUCAGGCAGAAGAUCGAGCAGUACAACACGCUGACCAAAGACCACCUUAAAAUGACCCUCGGUCCCACUGGUGUGUAUACUGGUUUCAUUAAGGUCCAGAUGGAUCUGAGGAGGCCGGUGACGGUGCGGGGGGGGCAGAGAGGAGCAGGAGGAGCUCUGGUGCAGGAGGCUUUCUAUCUGCCCCGAGGAGUCACCAACACGCUGCACAUCAGCUCCAAUAACACGGUCAAACAGGUGGCUAACACACACACACACACACACACACACUCGCUCACGCAUACACGCACGCACA